GCCGGGGAGGCGGGCGCGGCCCCGACUGCGCCCCAGGCCAGCGUCAUGCUUAGCGCCCAAGAGCGCGUCCACAUAGCACAGGUCUGGGACCUGAUCGCCGGCCACGAGGCGCCCUUCGGGGCGGAGCUGCUGCUCAGGCUCUUCACGGCGUACCCCAGCACCAAGACCUACUUCACGCACCUGGGCGACUCCCCCGACCAGGCGCGGCUGCUAAGCCACGGACGGCGCCUGCUCGAGGCGGUGGGAGUGGCCGUGCAGCACGUGGACAACCUGCGCGCGGCCUUGAGCCCUCUCGCGGACCUGCACGCGCACGUGCUGCGUGUGGACCCCACCAACUUCCCCCUGCUGAUCCAGUGUUUCCAGGUGGUGCUGGCGUCCCACCUGCAGGGCGAGUUCACGGUGGAGAUGCAGGCGGCCUGGGAUAAGUUCCUGAUGGGCGUGGCGGUGGUACUGACGGAGAAGUACCGCUGAGUUCUGCGCGUCGCCUCCGCCACCACCGGUCCAGGCCUGUGCAUGUCAAUAAACAGAUCUCCGGAAAGGCUGG